UACAUUUUUAUAAUUUCAAUUCCAUUGUUUUUUUCUUCAUUCCCUUUUUAACCUCUUUCCCUCAUUUCUUACCUUAUCGAAGAACCUUUAGGUAUUAUCCUUAUUUGUGUGUACUUUAGUUUAAGUACAAGGUUCACUGGUGACCUUGCAACUUAAACUUGUUUUUGGCAUUUAAACUUAUUUUAUGCCAUUUGUUCACGCUCGCUUGUAAAAUUUUCAAUUAAAAUCAAUAUCACAUUCUUUUUUUUUUAAAAGACAUUCUUUCAUUCUUUCCGGAUUAAUUGAAUUAAUUCUACAUUAAUACCGUACAUAUUAUUACACACAUACAUUCAUAUUAAAAAACAAAAAAUAUAAUUUUACAGAAAAAAAUCAAAACUUACAAAAUAAAAAUUUAAAAACUAUAGAAAAAUCGCAUUUUCAUCAAAAUCAUAUCAUAUCAUAUAUAUAAUAUACUUCUGCAACAUUUCUCAUAUUCAAAAAAUAACAAUAAUGACCAGAUCAUAUCUAUCACCAUUAUCAAACUCAGUACGAAUCCCAUUAAUAAUAUGGCUAUUAAUUAUUAUUACAAGUUUGAUCACGUUGGCAAAUUCGAGCAAAGGUCAAAAUAUUUAUUCAAUUUCCUCAAAUGGUGUGCCGGACUCACCUAAUAAUAAAAACAUUUUAUAUCGUAGACAAAAUAAUAAACCACCAGAGGAUUCAAAUAAUGAUAAGAAAAAUGAUUCUCCUCUAAAGGAUGAAAAACCUAAACAAAAUGAUAACCCUCCAAAGAAUGAUGAUAAGUCAAAAAACCCGAAUGAAGGUAACCAACAACCAAAGGAUGGAAAAGAGCAACCAAAGGAGAAACCGAAGGAGCAACCAAAGGAACAACCAGAGCAACCAAAGGAACAACCUAAAGAGCAACCAAAGGAACUACCAAAGGAACUACCAAAGGAACUACCAAAGGAACUACCAAAGGAGCAACCUAAGGAACAACCAAAGGAACUACCAAAGGAACAGCCGAAGGAGCAACCUAAAGAGCAACCAAAGGAGCAACCAAAGGAGCAACCAAAGGAACAACCUAAAGAGCAACCUAAGGAACAACCAAAGGAACUACCAAAGGAACUACCAAAGGAACAGCCGAAAGAACAGCCGAAGGAGCAACCAAAGGAACAACCAAAGGAACAACCAAAGGAACAACCAAAGGAUGGAGAUAAUGUUAUCAAGAAUCCACAGCUACCAGGAGGUGAUCAAAAAAAUCCGGAUCCUAAACAAUUACCAAGUGAUCAAAAAAAUCCGGAUCCUAAACAAUUACCAAAGGAUGGAGUAAAGCUAUCAAGAAUCCACAGCUACCAGGAGGUGAUCAAAAAAAUCCGGAUCCUAAACAAUUACCAAAGGAUGGAGAAAAUGCUCCACCAACACCAGGAGAUGAUCCAAAAAAUCAAGAUCCAAAAGCAUUGUUACCGAAGGAUCCGCAAAAAGAAAACCCAAAGGAUGGAGGUAAAGCCAUCAAGAAUCCACAGCUACCAGGAGGUGAUCAAAAAAAUCCAGAUCCUAAACAAUUACCAAAGGAUGGAAAAAAGGCUCCACCACCACCGGGAGAUGAUCAAAAAAAUCCAACUCCUGAACCCACACGACCUAAAAACCCGAACCAACCUCCUCCUACAGAUAGUAAACCUUCGGCACCUGAACCCACGAACGAAUCGCCCAACAAUAAUCCUAACAACGAAAACGAAGAUAACAAAAAUAACGAUAAUGAAAAUAACGAUGAUGACAAUAACGAUGAUGACAAUAAUAAUAAAGAUGACAAUAAAGAUGACAAUAAUGAUGACAAUAAUGAUGAUGGUAAUGGUGAUAAGAAGGACAAUAAUGACAAUAAUGAUAAGAAUGGUGGUAAUGACGGGAAAGGAAAUACCAAAAAACCAAAACCACUUCCAUUUAAUCCUCCAACAAAAAUAAAUAUUACUUUGAUGCCUACUCCUGUUGCCACAACAUCUACAUUUACAGUUCCCUCCAACAUUCCUGAGAAAAUCGUAGUUGAUGAAGAGAAUACGCCACCUCCAAAUACCACUCAAGUUCAAUUGAAAUUUUCAGCACAGCUUCCGUGGUUACAAGUAGUCGGAGAUGACGUCUUACCU